AUGGCCUCCAAAACUGUUCUUGUCACCGGUGGCACCGGUUACAUAGGUUCAUUCACGACCCUUGCUCUCCUCGAGAACGGCUACGAUGUCGUCAUUGUCGAUAACCUGUACAACUCCUCGAAUGAGGUUGUCAACCGCAUUGAGCUCAUUUGCGGGAAGCGCCCUGUCUUUUACCAGGCCGACAUCACCAACGAGGCUGCUCUCGACGAAGUCUUUACCAAACACCCCGAAAUCGACAGCGUCAUCCACUUCGCCGCCCUCAAGGCUGUUGGCGAGUCCGGCGAGAUCCCACUCGAGUACUAUCGCGUCAACGUCGGCGGCAGCAUCACGCUUCUGCGCGCCAUGGAGAAGCAUGAUGUCACCAACAUCGUCUUCUCCUCGUCAGCCACCGUCUACGGCGAUGCCACGCGCGUUCCCAACAUGAUCCCCAUUCCUGAACACUGCCCCAUCGGGCCCACGAACACAUACGGCCGGACAAAGGUCAUGAUCGAAACGGUCAUUACAGACCACGUCGAGGCGCAGCGACGCAAGAACCAGAAGGCUGGGAAGCCAUACGACCAAUGGAAUGGUGCUUUGCUUCGCUACUUCAACCCCUGCGGUGCUCACCCCAGCGGCAUCAUGGGCGAGGACCCCCAGGGCGUGCCAUACAACCUCCUCCCCUUGCUCGGCAAGGUGGCUACCGGUGAGCGGGAGAAGCUGCUCGUUUUUGGCGACGACUACACCUCGAGGGAUGGCACGGCAAUUCGCGACUACAUUCAUGUCCUCGACCUUGCGAGCGGACACUUGGCUGCUCUCAACUACCUUCGCGAGCACAAGCCCGGUGUCAAGGCUUGGAACCUGGGCUCUGGUCGCGGGAGCACAGUGUUUGAGAUGAUCAAGGCCUUCAGCAAGGUCGUCGGCCGGGAUCUCCCCUAUGAAGUGGUCGAACGGAGGCACGGUGACGUCCUGGAUUUGACGGCCAACCCUGCGCUAGCCAACAAGGAGCUGCAGUGGAAGACACAGCUUACCCUGGAGGAUGCUUGUGCCGACUUGUGGCGCUGGGUUGAGAACAACCCCAAGGGGUACCGGCAAGACCCGCCAACCCAUCUUCUGGAAGGUCUGAAGGCUACGCGGAACUGA